CGCAAGCAAGCAAUUGUCAACCGACUCUAUCUUAGCUCUCUUUGCAAGCCAGUAGGUCACCACUCAAAAGCUUGUGAAGCAGGUGAGAUGGGCAAGGAGGUGGAUGUGUCCACUCUAGAGGCCGGCGGCGUCCGUGACCGUGACUACGCGGACCCUCCGCCGGCACCGCUGAUCGACAUCGACGAGCUCGGCAAGUGGUCCCUGUACCGCGCCGUGAUCGCCGAGUUCGUGGCCACGCUGCUGUUCCUGUACAUCACGGUUGCCACGGUGAUCGGGUACAAGCACCAGACGGACGCGUCGGCGUCGGGGCCCGACGCGGCGUGCAGCGGCGUGGGCAUCCUGGGCAUCGCGUGGGCGUUCGGCGGCAUGAUCUUCAUCCUCGUCUACUGCACCGCCGGCAUCUCGGGCGGCCACAUCAACCCGGCCGUCACGUUCGGCCUCUUCCUGGCGCGCAAGGUCUCCCUGGUGCGCGCUCUGCUGUACAUGGCCGCGCAGAGCCUCGGUGCUAUCUGCGGCGUCGCGCUCGUCAAGGGCUUCCAGAGCGGGUUCUACGCGCGCUACGGCGGCGGCGCCAAUGAGGUCAGCGCCGGGUACUCCACCGGCACGGGGCUCGCCGCCGAGAUCAUCGGUACCUUCGUGCUCGUCUACACCGUCUUCUCCGCCACCGACCCCAAGCGCAACGCUCGCGACUCCCACGUUCCGGUGCUGGCGCCGCUUCCGAUCGGGUUCGCUGUGUUCAUGGUGCACCUGGCGACGAUCCCGAUCACUGGCACCGGUAUCAACCCGGCGAGGAGCCUCGGCGCCGCCGUCGUGUACAACAACAGCAAAGCCUGGAGCGACCAGUGGAUCUUCUGGGUGGGCCCGUUCAUCGGAGCGGCGAUCGCAGCGCUAUACCACCAGAUCGUCCUCCGCGCCAGCGCCAGGGGGUACGGCUCCUUCCGGAGCAACGCCUAGGACCAUCUCGUCGGCGGGCUAUUCAGCUCUUCCUCCUCCGCAGUUUAAGGUGAACGGAGAAGGAGAGCGCAAGGGGGUACGGAGCAACGUCUAGGCUCACCUCGCCUUUGCCCCCGCCCAUCCACAGCAGCAGUAGCUUUCAUUCAGGUCAAGUGUUGCAGCUGCCGGCAACGGUAGCUAGCGCAGGCGUUUGUGAGUUUGUGUGCGGUGUGGAAAGCAAGUGUGACUUGGUCAGCGUCUGUGUGUCCUGUUGGGUUGCAGUCAAUCUAACUUAAUAAAGAUGGACGAAUGCAAGUGAUUAUU